AUGAUGCUCAGGAAUGCGAUACAGCUGCAGACAGCGAGGAGAACUGUAGCUACAUCUCAACAGCCAGACCCAGCCGGUAGCAUAGCUGACAUCAUCGACGACCUGGAUUCAGCGUUCUUGACACUUCCGAAGCGCGAAGCCGCAGCAAGACUGACUAAAGUUUACUUCCAGUUUGCGAACUCCAGCCAACCUGUUCUAUUUGAGCCAACAUUCCACUCACAUCUCGAUUCUUUGUACUCGCUUCCCAUGACGAUUGAUCUCGGACGAAGUCACGACACCAAAGACAUCCAGCUGACGGUGUUCGUCGUUCUGGAGGUCUUCGCGGUAGCUCUGCUUGUUUUGCAGAAGCAAGAUCCUUCGAAGAUGUCAACGUCUUUGCCUGAUCGGUACCAUCGGGUCGCUUUGAUGGCAUUGGACCAUACAGGCCUUCCACCUGGCAUUCAGGGUGUACAGUUCCUGCUCCUUGAAAGCCAGUAUUGCUAUCAUCAUUCCGAGACGUUGACCGUUUGGUCGACAGUCGGAGCUGCACUUCGACUCGCCGUGGAAAUAGGCUUACAUAAAGAUCCUAUCGAGGAAAUGAGUGCUACAGACUUAGACGUACGGCGCCGUGUCUUCUGGACGGCUUAUGCCAUGGAUCGUAACAUAAGCAUCGCCCGAAAUCUCCCAACGUGCCUUGCAGAUGGAGCAAUCUCAGUCGAGUUUCCAUCGGUCUUGAGCGACAAUGUUAUUGCGAAGCAGAAGCCUGGAGAAAGCGCUCAGCAGAACAUCGACGGGGCGGACUCCAACACCUCGAAAGCCAAACUGGUGUGCUUACACGUCCUCCGAUGGCGACGUUUACAAUCAGAGAUGCAGACCGUACUACACCAGCAAGCUCCUCUUGGCUACGCACCAAUUGAUAUUGAAAGGUGGCAGCACGAUGCCCAGCAUCGCAUAAUGGAAUGGUACAAAGAUCUACCUCGCACGUCCACUUUCGACCCGAACGAGAGAAGAAUCAUCGAAAAUUUCGACCUCACAUAUCAUCGUGCCAUGUUAUAUCUUUAUCAGCCGUCGCCGAACUGGCUGAACCCUACCGAAGCUGCCUGGCUAAAGAUUCUGGAUGCAGCAGAGAACAUGGUCCGAUUGUACCGGAAGUUCUUUGAGGAGAAACGAUUCACAAUCUACUGGCAGGCAGUAGAAGGGCUGUCAGCAGCAGGAACUGCCCUUCUGAACGCCUACUCAAGGUCGAGUUCUGUCAAGGAGCGUAUUACCCUGUCUGUUCUGAGGGAGCUCGUUCAGACGUGCUCGAACGUUCUUUGGGGUAUGGUCUCUCUGUUCCCGUCGUUCAAGGCAAGGAGAGAGUCUUUUGACGAGUACGUUGCUGCUAAGUUGCAGGAACUAGAAGCAACGCCAUCAAAGGAUUCAGACAUCCCGCCAGGGAUAUCAUUUGAGCAUCAUCAUGUGAAUGCAGUUGACCCCUUCACGACAGGGCUUUUGCCGCCUGAUGAUCAUGUGGACAGUGGAGCAAUGCCGGUUCAACCAGAUGACAACGUUAUGCAUGACUGGACAGACUUCGAGCAAGCAGCGUUCGAUUGGGAUGCACUAGAUAACACAGUGGAUUUUAUACCGGAUACGUGGAAUUGA